AUGUUAGAGCAGCGCCAUAUGUACAGACGACCCACAAUCUCUGUGUUCGUUCAUUGUGCGUUCGACUUUGCCAACUGGUCAACGGGUUAUGCCUCAGAAUAUUCAAUUUGGGGUCGGUCCGUUUUGCGGUUGUUCAAAGGCAUAUCAGUGAAGUGUUUCCAACCGCACAAUCCACUCUAUCGAGUUUCAGUUGCGUUGCCGACUAUCGAUUAUCGGCACAACCGCUGGGGUUCCGAAUCAGGGCAGCAUUCUGGAACUCCAUACGGAUUUCACCUCACUGCUCUUGGUUUAUUGACGGGGCUAAUCGCCAGCAGAUCAUUUGACGAAGAAGAACCUCACUCUGUUGGUCAGCGAAAUGGCUUUCCAAAAAUCGUUCAGUGCGCCGAAGCUCCAAGAGUUGUUCUGCAUAAAGAACGACAAGCUGCCAUUCGCUCCUUAGAGGUUGUUGCUGAUGUGGCUCAGGAAGCGCAACCAGCCGUAGUCUCAAUUACGAGUAUGGACAAAGGCUUCUUGGCACGUCACACCCAAUCCACCGGAUCCGGGUUUAUCAUCGAUGACGCUGGACAUGUGAUUACAAAUGCCCAUGUGGUCGGAUAUCGAACCAACGUGUUUGUUCAUCUCUCUGACGGACGAUCAUUUCCAGGUCGUGUACUUGCUGUUGAUAUGUCGUCAGAUCUAGCGCUGAUCCGCCUUGAUGUGAAAGAAAAGAUUGCAAAGGCAUUACCACAAUUAGCUCUGGCGCCUGACCUAAAAUUGGUUCGACCUGGACACUUUGUUCUGGCCCUCGGGAGCCCUCUUAUGUUGGCCAAUAGUGUCACUGUCGGUGUGGUUUCCGCUCUGGAUCGGGAUUUGGGUCACUCCGAAGGACUCAAGUACAUUCAAACAGAUGCCAUCAUAACUUUCGGAAACUCCGGUGGACCACUGGUCAACCUGAUGGGUGAGGUCAUUGGCGUCAAUUCGAUGAUUGCGGGUACAGGUGUUGGCUUUGCGAUCCCAGUGGAUCAAGUUCGUAAUUUCGUCCAGAUGGCCUUGCAAGCUGCUGCGCGAACGGGCAAAUCUGGUCCGAUUGGGUCACGCCGAGACGCUGGUGAUCCGCAUAUACUAACUGAGUCUGGAACUACCCCUAGUGGUGCGCCAGCACGUCGGUAUCUUGGUCUGGUAAUGCGUACGCUAACACCGGAACUGGCCUUCGAAUUAGGUUCUCGUGGGGGACCACAGUACAUGAAUGUGACUGAGGGCGUUCUCAUCCACUCCAUAAUGCGGAAUUCUCCUGCUCACAGAGCUGGACUCAUGGCUGGUGACGUCAUUAUCGCCAUCGACGGAUUACCUAUCACAAACGCCCAACAGGUGUACGCCGCAGCAGAAAAUCGUGAAGAGCUGUCGCUCACCAUUUUGCGACAAGGUCAGCGGAUCGAAUUCCCCAACAUUAGAACUGAGAAAACUUGAUGUAGUUGUUAUUACUAUCCACUUUUUUAACCCUCACCAUAAAUAAACAUUUGCGUUGACCGACCAAUUAUUUUGCAGGAUGUAGGUGUAGUGAAAAUACCGCGAGGGACGGUUUAUCUUGAAGAUUGUGUUGACAAAUUUUUAAACCAGGCAGGAUCAUAGAUGAAUGCACGUGUACGAUUCAACAAAAUCAACGUGGUAAAACAUAAGAGGUUGAAGAGAUAAGAAGAGAAAAGAAAGGAUAUCACUAUCGCGAAAGGAGGCUGCGACAAAUGGGUAUUGUUGGGCUGGGGGAGACAAAGUGAUCAUAAAAGAUACGUCUAGAGGCAAACAGCUGAAUCAGGAUGACGCCUGUGAUCAAAAAAGAAUACCAGAUAAUAUUAUGCCUUGCGCUCUCUUGUACGAGGGCCUACAUGGACUUGAAAGUUGCCACGUCAGCGUGAAUCAAGAAUGCUGAGCUCAACUUUGAAUGAAACGUAGGGAUAGUAGUCCACUGGGCUCACUCCAACAAGAGCAAUCUCCUCCUG